UUGGCAGCUCAGUACCGAGAGUCUUAGCGUGACCUCUAUUGCAGUUGAAAACACAGCGGAGCUGCUUGUGAAUCAGUUAAGGAUCAGUGGAGAUGCUAAGUUAGAAGUGUAUGGGGUCUAAAUUUUACUUGUCAACACAGUGCUCUCAAAUAACAGCAACGUAAGACAGGCUUAUGUGCUCCGUGCCGCUGGAUUUCCGACUCGGGAGCUCAGAGUGUCAGCCGGCGUUGAGAUCUAUCACUGCACUGCAGCAUCAAUAUGGGUGUGAUCAGUGUGCAGCUGGUGGUUACCAUGGUAAUGGCCAGCGUGAUUCAGAAGAUCAUACCCCACUAUUCCUUUGCACGAUGGCUCCUCUGCAGUGGCAGUCUGCGUUGGUACCAGCACCCCACAGAAGAUGAGUUGAGGACUUUGGCUGGAAAACAGCAGAAAGGAGCCAAGAACAAAAAAGACAGGAAGUACAAUGGGCACUUAGAGAACAAGCCGUUGACCAUCCCUAAAGACAUUGACCUGCAACUGGAGACCAAGUGCAUUGCAGAAGUGGACACUCUGGCGCUGCAUUACUUCCCCGAAUUUCAGUGGUUGGUGGACUUCACAGUUGCGGCCACAUUAGUUUAUCUUAUCACUGAGCUGUACUUCUGUGUGGUUGAGUCCAGUGAGGAGAUGAACAUUAGUGUGGUGUGGAGCCUGCUAGUCUUGGCCUUUGUUGUGAAGAUCCUUUUCUCCCUCACGGCUCACUACUUCAGACUAGAGGAGGGUGGUGAGCGUUCCCUCUGCAUCACGUUUGCCGCCUUCUUCUUUGUUAAAGCCAUGGCUAUUCUCAUAGUCACAGAAAACUACCUGGAAUUUGGUCUUGAGACAGGCUUUGCAAAUUUUUCCAAUAGUGCUGUGCAGUUUCUGGAAAACCAGGGCCUUGAGUCUCAGGGUCCCAUAUCCAAACUGACCUUUAAGCUGAUUCUGGCACUGCUAUGCUCUCUCAUUGGAGCCUUCCUCACUUUCCCUGGCCUGCGACUGGCCCAGAUGCAUCUUGAUGCCCUCACCCUCAACAACUGCAAAGUCACACAAACUUUACUGCAUAUCAACUUCAUGUCUCCGUUAAUCAUGGUCCUGCUAUGGGUGAAGCCCAUAACCAAGGAUUGCCUAAUGAAUCCCUCAUUUGGGAAAGAUGGUGUGCCUUUAAUGUCUGAGAAGGGGUAUGACACACUGCGUCUCUGGGUGAUUUUACUUCUGUGUGUGCUUAGACUAGCCAUGAUGCGACACCAUCUCCAGGCCUACCUCAACCUGGCUCAGAAGGGUGUCCUGCAGAUGAAAAAGGAAGCAGGACGGAUUUCUACAGUUGACCUCCAAAAGAUGGUCGCCCGAGUUUUUUACUACCUGUGUGUGAUAGCUCUACAGUACGUUGCACCUCUGGUGAUGCUUUUACAUACUACCUUGCUGCUAAAGACAUUGGGUGGAUACUCGUGGGUGGUUUACCCAGAAGAAAGUUUGCCCUGUCUACCAAAUGAAGACUUUAACCCCGCUGAGGCGGGACAAGCAGAGAUGCAGACCACUCAAGCUGUGGCCCAGUUAUCCAUUGCUCUGGGGGGGCUGAGGACAGUAUUCACCCCUUUGCUGUUUAGAGGCAUCCUGUCAUUUUUCACUUGGUGGAUUGCUGCCUGUCUGUUUUCCACCUCUCUCUUCGGCCUCUUUUACCACCAGUACCUGAUGGCAGCGUAACAUAUGGAUAUUGUGGAGCACCCAAGGGUCCUGGCAUCUCCGACUGAACUGUGCAACAUGUGGCCCACCACGUUCCCCAUUCUUAUGACCAUAUCAGCAGAUAUUCUCUGCAGACUUAUUUGUGGUUAAGUGAUUCAACUUGCCAAAUACAAUCACGACAAUUGGAAUAGUAAAGUCACAGAUUUUCCGGACACGCAAAAUUUUAUACACGCCAGUCAGUGGAGGAUGGCCUCUGGGGUAGAUCUUAAAAACUUUACUGAUUUAUUAGGGUGAUGGCCUUGAACCAGCAGAAGUUUGAAAGGUCUAAAGAAAAGUCUUACUUUGGAGGAACACUGAUCUUGGAUAUAUUUUAGAGUUCAAAAUUGAUGCGAGAUAAGAGUUUCAAAAGAGACAGAAUUGUAGUAAAGUGUGCUUUUUAAAAUUGUUUUAUCUUCUCCAAAGUAGAAACGUGACUGCCAUGGGGGAGGAUCUCACUGCUGAUAUGCGAAAAGAAAACAGUGUUUUAGUCAAGCAUUAGCGUGAGGGGUGUGACUGAAGAAAGUAUGUUAAACGAUGUAUUUAUUUGUCCAUUUUAGACAAAGCAGACUGAAGCCAGCUUUCUUACGAGGAGCGUUUAGUUUGACUCUUAAAAGACUGAGAGCUAAUUUAAGUGCGUGUGUUUAUGAAUGAGUGAUGGUUCGUGUCAACAUCAGUGCCUGCGGGCUCCAAGUGACCCCUGCUGCUUCUGGGUAUAAAUCUAAAAAGGGCAUUUUGAUCAAGCAUAAAAGCUCACUUAAAAACUAUCUAAAGCAGUAGCCUCUGCUCUUCUGAUACCCAUCCCUGUUAUUUAACCAGGCAAAUAUUUCACUUUGAAUUUUGGGUCCAGUGACAUCAAAUAGAUCCUGUAAGUAUCCUCUAUGUUUCUGUAUGCAGUGUACUGAUUUUCUGUCAUAGAUCCAAUAACAGGAUUUAAUUUUGUUUCAUGUGCCAAGUAAGCUUGUAUUCCCAGUUAAGAACAUAGAAUACUUCAUACACAAAAACACUAAGCAUAAAAGGCCAAAUCAGAACACGGGGCUUGAUAACAAAAAAACGUGAGCAUUUUACUUUCAGUCCACUUAAAUAUUGUGGGAAUUGGGCAAGAUACUUAAGAAUAUAGCACAGGGGCAUAUCUAAAGUCAUUUUUACCAAGUGUUAUCCUACUGUAAGUUUUAUUUUCACUACAUUUAGAAUUUUAUUAUAUGCAGGCAAAGAAUGUAUUGACCCAAUGUGAUUUACAAUUGUAGUUACAACAUGUUACUUUUGGAAAAUUAUUUUAUUUGAACAUAUCUACACUUUACGGAGCCCCUAAGGGGACAUGGAGCAAAAAUUAAAUUAAGUUCACGUGCACACACAAAAGUUGCACAUGCGCACGUGAAACUAAAUUUAAUUUAAUUAAAAAAAAAAAAAAAAUGAAGGUUUCGCGUGAGCACAUGAAAGUUUCGCGUGAGCACAUGAAAGUUUCGCGUGAGCACAUGAAAGUUUCGCGUGAGCACAUGAAAGUUUCGCGUGAGCACAUGAAACUAAGCUUGAGAUUUUUUUACUCCAAUGCCACCUUUGGGGCUUGGUAACACUUGGGGCCACAAAUAAAUAAAUAUAGCAAAAUAUGACACAAUAUUGGCUUUCGACAGUUGACAGAUAAUAGUUAAAUUACAAAUGUGAUUUCAGGUGCAUUUAUAUUGUGAAGGACUGUCAGUUAAAAUAAACAGCACACCUUACAAUCAGUUUUUGUUAAUAUAGCUUGACCCUAAGAUUUCAGUUUUCCUGCUGUUUGCUUUGUUGAUUAUCAAGCUGUGAUGGACCCAAAAGAGUGUUCAUUUUAGCUGUAAACAUUCACAACCUUUGAUAAUUGUCAGCUGGGCCAUUUUAGUUUUACACUCUAUAGGGUUUUGUCCUUUGCCUAAAGUGUAUUAUUUUCCUUAUUUUCCCUAGACAAAACAUGUGACCAAUAUGAACUAAAACUGUGUUAAUCUUACUAAAUAUAUGCCCCCUUUAAGGUAUUUUCAAUGAGCAUGUCUUUAAACAUGUCUAACUUUAAUGGCAAAUAGCAGAGUGUUAGGCUCAGAACUGAUACCUAUUAAACUGGGACAUUAAAGACAAAUAAUUUUUGUUUUUUGUUGUUUUCUUAUAGUUUUUUUUUUAUUUCUCUAAAGGGGAAAUAACUGGGAUGUUGUUUUAAAAUCUGUAAGCCUAAACAUUUUCGUCUUCUUUUAAUGUAUUUUAAGUACUUAUGAUCUUUAUUUAUUACCUUUCAAUUUGUUUAAUAAAUGAUUGUAGAAAGAAAGAA